CGUGGAUCCACUCUCUGUGGAUUUCCACCAGGGUUGGAACAGAAGAUGAAAUCUAAAAAGCUUACGAGUUUGGAAAAGGUUUUGAUCACACUUUUUGUUCUUGUGACUGCUGUCUGCAUUGCCUUUAUAGUGCUUCAUUUUGUUGGAGAGUCAAAAUCAUCAGAAGAUAUUAGUGGUUGUGGAACUAUACAAGUUUUGUCUGGACCAACUGGAAGCUUUUCAAGUUUGCACUACCCCAACAAUUAUGAAAACAGUAAAACCUGUAUGUGGGAAAUAACAGUUGCUGAGGAUAAAGUUAUACAUUUGCAAUUUGAUGAGUUUUCCCUUGAAAGCAGCCUCUUGUGCAGCGGAGAUCACGUGGUUGUGGGAGAUGAUGUUGGAACUCUUGGUACAUAUUGUGGGCAUUCAAAGCCCCAGCCAUUGGUUUCAGUUGGAAACAGUCUGCUCAUUUCCUUCACAAGCAACAGUAAAACAACAGAUAAGGGAUUUAAGGCUCAAUAUAAAGCUAUUGAGCCAAGUAAAAUAUCAGAGGUUGCUGGAGGGGGUGGACAUUUGCAAAGUAACACAGGGGAUUUUGGAACACCAGUGACCACUGAAAACACUUACAAGAAUAAUGCCAUCUAUCAGUGGAAGAUUUCCGUUCCCACGGGUCAAAAAAUAAGAUUGGCCUUCACCUCCUUUGACUUAGAACCUGCAGGGUCAGCUGGCUGUAAGGAUGCAGUUGAAAUAUAUGAUGGAGAUGUUAAGGGAUCACAGAAAUUGGGACAUUUUUGUGGAGCAAAUAUUCCAGAUCCCCAGAUUUCCUCUGGCUCUAAACUGAUUGUGCGUUUCAGGUCAGACAGCCAAGUCAGUGGGAGAGGAUUCCGUGCUGCAUAUAGCGCCUUCAGCGGGGGAGUUCCCCCAACUGUUCCUUCAACCGUUUCUCCAACUGUUCCUCCAACUGUUCCUCCUUCUUUCAUAGAUUCUGGCUGUGACAGCAAUGCUUUGCAACAUGGUCGUAAAGGGUUAAUCCAUUCAAAGAAUUAUCCGGAUACCUAUCCUAUAAAUACACACUGCCACUGGAACAUCACUGUGGCUGAGGGCUGGCUUGUUAAACUGUUAUUUACAGAGUUCUCAGUAGAUGGGGAAAUUGGAGCAUGUGCAACUGACAAGGUGGAAGUUUCGGAUACCGUUGACUUAAUAGGGAGCUACUGUGGAUUUACAAAGCCUCCUGUUAUCAUCAGUUCUAGCAACAAGCUUUCUGUGAAGUUUGCAACAGAUAGUCGGAGAACGGAGAUUGGGUUUGAGGCAAAAUGGGAAGCUGUCCAUCCAGAUGACAUUGAAGAAAUCCAGUCAUGUGGAGGGGGUUCACAUGAGGAAAAUGGGGUGAUAAAAUCCCCUAAGUGGCCUAAUACCUAUGCAGCCAACAGUUUGUGUGUAUGGCGCAUAGAGGUGCCUCACGGUAAAAAAGUGACUCUCAAAUUUACUCACUUUGAUUUGGAAGAUCCAGACUUGCUUACUAGAGUGUGCUAUGACAAUGUAGCUGCAUAUGAAGAGGGGAAUCAACCAGUGUUAAAAUAUGGUCCCUUCUGUGGAACUAAAAUCCCAGACUCAAUUACUACCCAGGGCAACCUCCUGAUUAUCAGAUUCCACAGUGAUGUUUUUACAGAAGCAAAGGGAUUCCGUGCGUACUGGAGUACUGACCCACUGGCAGCAGCUCCAACAGAGCCUCCAGCACUCCCAAAUCCUUGGGACAGCAUUCCAAUAGAAUGGCCAAGUAAAUGUGGACAACCAACUUUUCCUCCUCAAAUUAACUCAAGAAUUGUCAAUGGCGAGCCAGCCAGCCCUCACACCUGGCCCUGGCAGGUGUCUAUGCAGGUUUGGCCAAGCUCUCGGAAUGAAACUAUUUUCUUCCACACCUGUGGCGGUACCCUUAUACACAAGAACUGGGUUCUCACAGCAGCCCAUUGCUUUAUAAACUAUGCAAAUGAAUUAUUCCGCUGGCAAAUGUGUCUAGGAAAGCACAACCUCACCUAUGUGGAACCAAACCAGCAAUGCUUCAAGAUUCUUGGAAUUUACCGCCAUGAAGGGUUUGUCUAUCCUGAUGUCCUUACUUUGGAGUAUGACAUUGCAUUGGUGAAGCUGGAUGGGGAAGUGGCAGCCAGCAAUUAUAUUGAUUUUGCCUGUCUACCUCCCAAAGGUCAAGUCCCAGCAGCCGGUUAUCGUUGCCAUGCCACCGGAUGGGGGGAUGAAACAGGAAAUUCUAUGGCUCCUAAAGCAGCUGAAGCCUUAAAUCAGGUUGCUUUACCAGUUAUUCCAUAUGAUACAUGCAAAAAACCCCAAUAUUGGUGGUUUCAAAUAAAGGAUUCAAUGAUCUGUGCAGGCUAUGAUCUUCCAGAUGACUUGAAAGCUGUGUGCCAGGGAGACUCAGGCGGGCCAUUGGUGUGCCCAUCAACUGCUAACAAUUCAAUCUGGGAAGUUCAUGGAAUUACCAGCUUUGGAGUUGUUGGUUGUAUUAUGGAUAAAAAGCCCAGUGUCUUCACACGCGCAUCAGCUCACAUUGAUUGGAUCGAGCACAUUAUUAGGAAGGAUAUUUAUGAUGUUUACUCAUCUGGCUGUGGCAGUGCCAAGGAUUUCGAUGGCAGGAAAGGUAGCUUCACAUCAAUCAGAUAUCCUGCUACCUAUACGAAUGAUGUUACCUGUACUUGGAAUAUUGUAGUCCCAGAAGACAAAGUAGUCCAUGUGCAUUUUGAUAGUUUCUCAUUGGAGGACAGUAGUGGAUGUAGCAAUGAUAAAGUGGUUGUUUCUGAUGUCCUUAGCAGUCUUGGAACACAUUGUGGAAGUAAUACUCCAUCCGACAUUGUUAGCUUCAGCAACACUGUGUCUGUAAAUUUUACAAGUAAUAACAGAGUGGUGGAUACUGGAUUUUCUAUCACAUGGGAAGCUGUGGAUACUUUUGCUAUUCCAAGCAUAUCACUUUGUGGAGGUCAUUUCAAUACUGAUAAUGGAGAUUUUAUGUCACCUAACUGGGACAAUGGUUCAUAUCCUAACAGCCAUUCAUGCACGUGGAGAAUCACAGCCAGUGAAAAAGAACAACUACAUAUUGUCUUCACAGAAUUUAAUCUGCAGCCUGCCAAUUUAUUAGGAGCAUGUCAAGACUAUGUGGAAGUCUUUGAUGGAGACAAAGCUGGAUCUUCUAAACUGGGUCAAUUCUGUGGAACUUCUAUUCCAUCCACAUUGAAUACAACUGGAAACAUUGCUGUUAUUAAAUUUGCUAGCAAUUAUGAAAGGAACAGCAAGGGCUUCCGUGGUUACUGGACAACUAAUUUAACAGAUGUCACAAAUUUGCCCCUGCGGUCAUCAGUACCAUGGGAUAGUGAUCUAAUAGUUUAAUGACAACAUUUUGGCAGUUCAGAGAUUUCCUCUUCAUGUUAAUGCUCGUUUGGUUCCUGUACUUUCAUUGGUUUCCAACAAAUCCUACUGAGAGGAAUCUUCAGGAUGAUUAUGUGUUAAGAAGAUGCAAAGAAAGACGAGCCGAUGUGAUUGGACUGAUAUAUUUAUACAUUACACUCUCUUGGAAUUCUUUUUUUAAACAUCUAUCUAUUAUAAUUUACUUUUUAAUUGAAUUAUUUUUGCUGAAACUAUUAAAAAAGAAAGUUCAAACAGUA